GUAGAGAAAUACAGGUUGCUCUUGUCUCCUUGUGACAAACUCAGUGCCUCCUUCAGAGAAGACACCACAAUGACUGAUCCAAACAUAUCUGCCUUUGUCAUCGACUUUGGCUCCAUCUAUGAAGAACUCAACUUCACCUACAAUUACACAGAGUUUGACAUAGACCCUGCCACACAGCCCUGCACCUUCGACUUCCCAGAUGCUGUGAUGACUUUUGUCAGUCUAUUUUACAUCCUCAUCUUUCUGUUGGCAAUUCCUGGAAAUCUGGUCGUGGUGCUGGUGAUUUGUCUCAGUAAGCAGGCCCUGACUCCGUCUGACCUCUACCUUCUCCACCUGGCAAUUGCAGACAUCCUCCUGGCCGUUACCCUCCCUUUCUGGGCCACCGCUGUCACGCGGGGCUGGGUGUUUGGAGACGGCAUGUGCAAGAUUGUUACUGUCCUCCAAGAGCUGAGCUUCUACUCCAGCAUUCUCUUCCUCACGUGCAUCAGCAUGGACCGCUACAUGGUGAUCGUACGAGCUAUGGAGGCCCGCAAGGCCAACCGACAGAUGAUCAGCUGGGGAGUUUGUGUUGCUGUCUGGGUUGUUGGAGCGUUUCUGUCCCUGCCGGGGCUCUUCAGUUCUUCUUCCUUGUCUCCAAACAGCAGUCGCACAGUGUGUGCUGAACAAUAUGAUCCCAGCAAUGCUGACGAGUGGAGGCUUGUCACCAGAAUAUUUCGCCACGCUUUGGGUUUUGUUAUCCCCUUGGCCAUCAUGCUCCCCUGUUAUGGAGUAACCAUCAAGCGCCUCUUUCACAUCCGUGGGGGAUUUCAGCGGCAACGAGCCAUGAAAGUGAUCGUGUUCGUGGUCGUGGCCUUCCUGCUUUGUUGGACUCCGUACCACAUUGCUGUGAUGACGGACACUUUUUUCAGGACAAAGAUAGUGCCCUACCAGUGUCCCGCCAGGUUGGCAGUGGAUCAGGCCAUGUUUGCCACCCAGAGUCUGGGCCUGCUUCACAGCUGUGUAAACCCACUGGUGUAUGCUUUCGUAGGCGAGAAAUUCAGAAGGAGGCUGUUGCAGAUUAUGACGAAGAUGGGCCUCGUGGAGAGAGCAUCAGUGUCGAGAAGCAGCAGGUCUUCGCUGUCAUCAGAAGUCACAUCUACAUUCAUGUGAGAAAGCCAAAGGGACACAAUAUCAAAACGUAUUGUACAUAUUUUUUUUUGUCUUGGGUUGCCUCAAACACAACAAAGAGUUUUUUGAUGCUUUGUUCUUCUUUAUAAUCUUAUUUAACUUGGCAUUCCAGUUCAUACCAGAAAAGAGUUACGCUUUAACUCUUUGUUGAUAGCUAUUUAAAUCCCUUCUCUUUAUGCAGUCAUGUCUAGUUUUAAGGAAACUGUGAAAAACCUGUCUGUCAAAAUAGAAUUUCAAAUGUCAAAAUAUUUCAACACGAUGAUAUUUGGUCACAUCUGCUGAUGAACACUUUGACAUGCAGGUGAAAGCUGUGGGAAAUGCUUCAGACUUUACAUUUCAAAAAUUCAGUGUUAGGUGGUGAAAUGUUUGGCCUCUGUGCAAUCUGUCAGACUGUGUAUGAUUCAAAUUCCUUUACUUACUCUCCUUUUUUUGUACUUCCAGCUCAAGAUGUAUAAAUUGUAGUAUAACAUUUAAAAUGUCAUGUACCAUGUUAAGCUCUAUGUAAUUUUUCAUACUAAGGAUGUAUUACAGUCAUUUUUGAAGACAGCUGGCUGUCAUUCACAGGCCAAACAAUUGAAGUGUCUGUACAGUUGAAAUCGUUGAAAUUUAAUUAAAAAACAACAACAACAAAAAAA